UUUGGCGUGACACACUGUCUCUCGUCAGCUCGCUAGCAACUAGCAUGUAGGCUAGCUUUUACAAGCAGAAGGAGUGACAGCGGGGACAGCCAAUCAUACAUAAAUUAGCAUGAACAUGGCAACCAAUCAGGGAGCGAUAUUUAGGUCAGAGGCGGGACUUCUAGCAGAGACCGACAUUUAACCCUUUCUGUGCCAUAAUCAUCGACUAAACAUUACGGGCAGCGCUUGUAUUGAUAGUGACUACACAGUAGCGGCUGGAUAUUGGUAGGGACGUGUCCCUAGCGUCCCUACACAAUUCUACCCCCUUGCGUGCAUCCACUAGUGAACAGUGGAAUGUCACCCUCUGGUGGCGUCUCUGGUGAGGUGCAAGGAUACUACUCUAUAUUACAGAGGUCUGGGUUGACCUGUCCACCACUAGUGAACCGUGGAAUGUCUCCCUCUGGUGGUGUAUAUGGUGAGGUGCAAGGAUUACUACCAUAUAUUACAGAGGUCUGGGUUGACCUGUCCACCACUAGUGAACAGUGGAAUGUCUCCCUCUGGUGGUGUAUAUGGUGAGGUGCAAGGAUACUACCAUAUAUUACAGAGGUCUGGGUUGACCUGUCCACCACUAGUGAACAGUGGAAUGUCUCCCUCUGGUGGUGUAUAUGGUGAGGUGCAAGGAUACUACCCUGUAUUACAGAGGUCUGGGUUGACCUGUCCACCACUAGUGAACAGUGGAAUGUCUCCCUCUAGUGGCGUCUCUGGUGAGGUGCAAGGAGUGCGCAGCCCAGCGUGACAGACAACAGGCAAGAAGGGGAUUUUUGUUUUUUCCAAACAAAGCGACCGGGACGAGUACACUUUGGGGGUUUAGGGCAGGAUUUGGAUAUUUACACGCUGCGUGGUGAUUGGCAACUCGUGGCUACCGUGGGUUUUCUUUCUCUCUGGUGGUAAGCAGUGACGUCGUGAGUGUUCCAGGUCUUCUCGGGCUACUUGAAAGAAGGCACGCAGGUGUUUGUUUUCAGGCGUGGUGACGUCUGCCCGACAGGAGAUGAGGGCCCCACGUGACACGGCGUCGUCAUCUUUCGGCCUGCUGCAGUGGUGCAGACAAACAUGCGCGAUUUACCCAAAUGUGGACAUCAACAACUUGUCCAGCGCCUUCAGAGACGGUCUGGCUUUUUGCGCCAUCAUCCACAAACACCGGCCCGACCUGAUAGACUUCAACUCCCUCUCAGCAGCCAACGUCUAUGAAAACAACCAACUGGCCUUUUCGCUGGCAGAGAGCAGACUGGGCAUUCCUGCCUUCCUGGUCCCUGAAGACCUGCUGGCCAGCCCGGUGCCAGACUGCUUGGGGGUGCUGACCUACCUGUCCAAGUUCUACCACUACUUCAGCACAGCGUCACAUGCUUUCACAGCAUGCUGUGAAUCAACAGGACUGCAAUCUAGUGGUGGCAGCAGUUGUGGGAAGACAGCCGGUCCUUCCAAUCUGAGGUCGGCACACCUGGUCUUGCCCAAGCAGUUUGAACUUUUUCAGCGCUCCCCGGCUCCUCCUUCCUUCGAAGACGGCGGCCGUGGAGGCAGGAGGGCGCACGCGUCUUGUCCCCGCUGCCUGCAACAUGUGCACCUGGUCCAGAGACACCUGGUCCGAGGAGAGGUCUACCACCGCAGCUGCUUCAGGUGCAAGGUGUGCCGCAGCACGCUGCUCGCCGGCUUCCACGCGCCCGGGGAAGCCGCCUGCUCGGUUCUUUGCUCCGAACAGGUGCGAGGAUGCGCGCGGAGCCCCUGCGACUUGUCUCUCGGCGUCCCUCAGGGCACGGAGGCGUGGCGGUCACGUGACAAACAGGUUGUCACGGCGGCCGAGCGACCCAUGCCGAGCGAGACGUCCUUGUCGCCGUGCGCCAUGUUCCAGCCGGCUGGUGUCGCCCAGGCAACGGAAGAUGGACGACCAAGCGGUCCAACAAACAGAGACUUUGAGUCCGAUGAAGGGACUGAAAUGGAGGAUCUUCAUUCAAAGCCUUCAGCAGGAAGAGGGGAAAGUAAGCAGCUGGCGCAGGUGUCCCAGGCAGGCAGUCCUUCCAUGCCAGGCCAGUCCUCAGCCAGUCCAUCUCUCACACAAAAAAGUCCGGUGAAAAGAAACCAUCCCUGGCUAAGAAUCAUCCACCCGGGGCCGUGGACACAACUGCCCCCCCUCGAGAGCCCAGUACCCUUCAGACAAUCUCGGUCUGGCUUGUCCUGGUACAGACCCAAAGUCCCUCCUCCCAAUCCUUUCACUGGAGACCUGCAGGACCAGACCAAAGACGUUAUCGCCGACGCUACCAGUCAGAUUGCUUCCUCGUCUUUGGAGGCUCCCGGGGAUGAUAUCGUGAUCGGCGAUCCGGUUUUGUCGAGGAGUUGUUCCCAGCCGGCUGUUAAAACACCUGGGCCUCACCACAUGACCGACUCUCAGGUCUGCCAAGAAAAUGAUCAUUGUGACAGAAAAACGGAGAUGGCCAAAUCAGAGACGUGUCAGGUCCUCACGCCCGGACGGCCCCCGGCUCCCGGACACGGCUUCCCGCUCGUCAAAAGGAAGGUGCAGGUGGAGCAGUCUGCUCCUGCAGGAGAUCUGCAGGCGGAGGCAAGACGACUGAACGACCAGCUGGAGGCGCUGGAAGAACGAGGCGUCGCCAUGGAGGAGAACCUUAGAAAGUGCAAGAAUGACGAAGAGGAAGACCAUUUGCUGAGCGAGUGGCGUUCUCUGAUCCGCGAGAGGGACUCUCUGAUGCGCCGAGACACUGAGCUGGUCUACCUGACCAAGCAAGGGAAGUUGGAGGAGAGGCAGGCGGAGGUGGACUUCCAGCUCAGACGUCUGCUCAACAAACCAGAGAGCGUCUGGAGUGAAGAAGAUAAGAGUCGGGAGGAAAGCUUGAUGGCCGAGCUGGUCCUGGUCAUCGAGCAGAGGAACCACAUUGUCAGCACUUUGGACCAAGACAGGCAGAGGGAGCGUGAAGAGGACGUGCUCUGGGAAGUGAUGUCCAAGAACCAAGAGUUGGAAAAAGAAGGUCUGAAAGAGCGAAGAAGUCAAAAGGAAAGUUCCGGGCCCGCCAAUGUUUUUAAAAGGCUGAACUUGAGAGUAGAACACGCCAAGCAGUCCUGGACAAGAAGAGCUGAAGACUGCAGAGAUUCAAAUAUUCUUCCUGCACCAAUUGAUUUCUUCUAAGAAAUAACAUGCGUCGGUCCUUUUGAAUUUACUAUUUGGAAGUGAACAACGAGGAGUGGUCCUGUGUGUAUCACAGACGAGAGGACACGUGCGUCUGUAAUUACUAUGCAUGUUUUAUUACAGACCUGUAAGGACAUAAAACAAUGUGGUGAAACGGCAGGGUAAUGGGAAACUUGACAAAUAAAUGCAUUCUGAUCAUGAAA